CACGUGCCCGCGGUUGGGUGAGCGCCGGGGAGCCCCGCGAAUUUGACAGAUUGUAGCCCUUGUACUACACACUUGAAGACUUUCCUCUGCAUGUUUUCCACUUUUCUGGCCUGUUUCCUGUUGAUUCAAGUGUGAAGGCCCAGAAUGUCCCUGGCAGCUUAUUGCACUAUUUGUUGUAGAAGAAUAGGAAGCUCUACUUCCUCUUCCAAAAGCGAUCUCCAGUGGAAAGAUAUCCGAAAUAUUGCAAAGCUUACAGGAUCAUGUUUUUUAGGGGGCUCUUUGUUUAUCACAUAUGAAAUUCUGGCCCUGAAGAAGGCUGUAACACUAGAUACACAAGUAGUGGAAAAAGAAAAAUUGAAGUCAUACAUAUAUGUGGAAACAAUUUCUUUAAAUCCAAGAGAAGAACUGGGAAUCACACACCAGGCAAGGAAGGAACUUCACCGAGCACUGAGAAAAGUGUUGGCAACACCAGCUAAAAUAUUCCGGAACCCUUUUGAUGGCCACUUCAGUUCAGCAGAUUUAGAAGAUCACGAAUGUACCUUGUGGUUCCUCCUGAAGAAGAGUCAGUCAGAUGACAGAAUGGUUCGAUUGCAGGCUGUGAAACAAAUGACGGAGAACAGUCACUGGCAGGAUUACCAAUAUAGGACUGUUGCUCAAGCCUGCGACAUGAGAACUACUAUUGGUUUGGCCCGAAGCAGGGAUACUGAUCUUCGCUUUUUCCUGUCACCACCUCAUCUGCCAAAGGAUUACUCCAUUGAAGAGGAACUCCAAAAGCUGCUGGCAUCUCUACCCCAGACUGAGCUUGAUCAGUGCAUCCAGUACUUCACAUCUUUGGCUCUGAAGGAAAGCAGUCAGGCCUUAGCAGCCCAGAGGGGUGGCUUGUGGUGUUUUGGAGGCAGUGGACUUCCUUAUGCAGAGAGUUUGAGCGAAGUCCCUUCAGCAACAGCCGAAAUGUUCUGUUUAGAAGCCUUGGUCAAACAUUCUGAGGUGUCGGCUCACUGCGAUAAAAUUGAAGCAAAUGGAGGCCUGCAGCUACUCCAGAGGAUAUACGAACUUCAUAAGGAGAGCCCCAAAAUCCAGAGAAACAUAGUUCGCAUCAUUGGGAAUAUGGCUUUGCAUGAAAAUCUUCAUUCAGCUAUAGUACGCUCAGGCUGGGUGUCCAUAUUGGCUGAAGCCAUGAAGUCUCCUCAUGUAAUUCAAGCGUCACACGCUGCCAGAGCUCUGGCUAACCUGGACAGGGAAACGGUGCAGGAGAAGUACCUGGAUGGUGUGUUUGUGCUCCAUCCCCAAUGUCGCAGCAGUCAGCCUAUUAAAGCAGAUGUCCUCUUUAUUCAUGGCCUUUUGGGAGCAGCAUUCAAAACUUGGCGUCAACAGGACAGUGAUCAAUCACAGAAUGAAAAAAUAUCAGAGGAAAAAGAGGGCUAUACACAAUGUUGGCCUAAGACAUGGCUAGCUACAGACUGCCCUGCUCUUCGGAUUAUAUCUGUGGAAUACGAUACCCAGCUGAGUGAUUGGAAGGCAAAAUGCCCUGUUGAGAACCACAGGAAGUCCAUUGCUUAUAGAAGCAACGAACUUCUUAACAAACUCAAAGCUGCUGGUGUUGGGGACAGGCCGGUGAUAUGGAUAUCACACAGUAUGGGAGGACUUCUAGUCAAAAAGAUGCUGGUGGAAGCGUCUAAGAACCCCGAAAUGAACCCCCUCAUAAACAAUACACGAGGAAUCAUUUUCUACAGUGUCCCUCACCAUGGAUCCCAGCUGGCUGAGUACUCGGUCAAUGUUCGCUAUCUUCUCUUUCCCUCGGUUGAAGUCAAAGAACUCAGCAAAGAUUGUCCUGCUCUGAAAAAACUGCACAACGACUUUCUGACAUUUGCUCAGGACAGAAACUUCCAAGUGUUAAAUUUUGUGGAGACGUUACCCACUCGCAUCGGGAGCAUGAUUAAACUGCACGUGGUACCAGUGGAAUCAGCAGAUUUGGGCAUUGGAGACCUGAUCCCAGUGGAGGUAAACCAUCUCAAUAUCUGCAAGCCCCAGAAGAAGGACACUUUCUUAUACCAGCGUACUUUGAAGUUCAUCCGUGACUCAUUAGCUAGGGAUCUCAAAAACUAACCCACCCACACCAACGGCUCUUUUCAUCUCUGCCUCAUGGAACUGUUCGAGUAAGUUCAGCAAAUAUGCUGUUCAGGUGAUCUAGCUGCCCUGUGAUGUGGAGCAGCACAUCUGAGCUGGAGCCCAAACACAGCUGUGGUAAUAAAGAUAGGUGACUCUGCUUCCCCUUGGCUUUAAAGUCUCAUGUGUGGGUGUCCAGUGUGUGUUCCACCUAGUGGUAGUAUGGGUAGUGCAAGAGGUCAAGAACAACCUAAACUCUCUGCGUGGGCCACGGAGGGACUGAGUGAUAUGAAGGAACUUGUCUUAGGGGUAGGUCCACUAUGCUGAACUGAGGGGAAAGAGAAUGCAAUUUGCCUGUAGGCCUGAAAGUAUGAGGCUAAUUUUGUUGGGGUUUCAUGAUGUAGUAGGACAGCUUUGGCAUGGUGACUCAAACCUUGUAUGAUGCCUCAGAUGUAUCCGGCCCCACACUGGGGUUAUGUUCCUGACAGCCAUUACAAUGGAGCAGGGGAGGGAGGAAUCUGCUGAAGACGAUGCAGGAAUAGAUCUGAUUGCCACAACACUGAAGCUAUUCAACAGCCCUUUCUAACCUACAAGCUAUGAUAUCAUGGUUUUUCCACUAGAAGUAUCUGUAAAAAUAGCAACUAGCCACUUGCCCCCACUCUUUUUCUCUCCCAAACCCACAUCUUUAAUGACUUUGUUGGCUCACUCCCCUCUGUCUUCAAAUAUGCAUACAUCUUCCUGAGCCAAAAUUUUUUUAAAAAAUCCCUUCUCUGGAUCCCCUCUGCACCAUUCAGCUAUGGCUCCAUUUCCCUCUCCCUCCUCCUAUUCCUGUUCAAACUCCUCCAAUAGGUUUGUGUAUACCCAUGCUGCUUCCAUUUCCCUUCUACUGUCUGGUUUCCACUCACUUCACUACAUAUCACUGUCUCCAGGGUCAACAAACAACCUCCUCCUUGCCAAAUCUAAUGGACUCAAAUCUGUCCUAGUAAUCCCUCUUGACCUCUCAGCUGCCUUGGACACUGUCUCCAGGAGAAGGGAAUGGUUCGCAAUUGAAUUUCGCCUCCUCUAACACCAUUCUCACCUUGGGUCUCCUUGGGCCGAUCCUUCUUAGGCUUUAUUGCUGGCACUUCCUUUCCCUAACUCUCGGUGUUUCUCAAGACUCAGUUCUACGUCCAUUUCUUUCAAGCUCCACUCUCUCUUUUGGAGAACUCAUCUAUUCCCAUGAGUUCUACCAACUGUACCUACCACCUGUAUAUGAAUGAGCCCCAAAUCUACUUUGCCUAUCCUGACCCCUCUCUUCUUCUAUACCCAUGGCUUCACCUACCACCUGUAUGUGAUUAAGUCCCAAAUCGACUUUGUCUGUUCUGACCCAUCUCUUCAUCUCCAAUCUCGCAUUUCCUUCUACCUCCAAGACAUCUCUACAUGGAUAUUCCUCAGGCACUGCAAGCUCAUUAAGUUUAAAACCUGACCCCACCCUCACUACUAAAUCCUCUCCUCCACGAUUGACACCACCACCUUCCUCCCAGUAGUCCGGUAGUCUUGACUACUCCCUCUCCUUCAACCUACCUCCAAAUCUUCCUCUCCAUCAAAACAGCCACCAUUGCUGGUUCAGGCACUCAUCACAUCCCACCUUGACUUUCACUUCUCUCCAGUCCAUACUUCACCCUUGUGCCCAUAUCAUUUUUCUAAAAGAGUUCAGCACACAUCUCUCCACUCCUCAAAACCUUCCAGUUGCUGCCCAUUCCUCUGCACAUACAACAGGAACUCCUGGCCCUCAGCUUUAAGGUACUCCAUCAGCUUUCUCCCUCCUGAUUAUGGAUGCUCCUCUUCCAUUACACCCCAGCGUACAUGCCUCAUCCUCAUCACUGUGCGCCUUCUGCAUGCCUUUCUGUCAUCUUGCUCCCACUCUCCCUUCUGCCUGGAAUACCUUCCCCAUUGAGAUCCAGCAGACCACUACUCUCCCUGUCUUCAAAACCCUUCUGAAGUCACACAUCUUCCAGGAGACCUUCCCUGAUUAGUUUAUCAUCUCUCUACCUUAUGUUCCUCCAACUGCCUCUUCAGCUUUCACACAUUCACACAAGCCCCAGCACUUAUGUACAUAUCUUUACACUCUUCUUACCUCCUCUUAGCUGUAAUUUAAUUUAGUGUCUGGCUCCACCAUUAAAUUAUAACCUCUUUGAGGGUGGGAACAUAUUUUCUAAUUCUCCCAAGGGUUUCAUACAGUGCUGUGCACACAGUAGGUGCUCAGUGAAUAUAAGGGGAAAUACAUUUGCAUAUGACCAUCGGCUGAGAUCCCCAUUUAUUAUAUGGCUCUCCAUUCUUGUGAGCUAGAAUAUUUUCAUGGCUUGGGGGGCUUUUAUUUUUCCUGGUAUUCCUUCCAACAAUGUAAAAACGUAUAUUAGUCCUGCAUUCCAGGAAAGUGAGAAAACGGUAAGGUCCAAAUUGAGCAAAUUAUUUUUUACAGUUUUCUUGUAAAGAUUCAUUUAAUAAUAGGGCUUAAACUUAGCCCAUUCAUGAGUGCGACCAGGGCCUCUUUAUUUUUUUAUAAUGGCAUUUUUAAGUGCUUACUAUGUGCAAAGCACUGUUCUUAACCUGACCACAGUCCUAGAAUCUCCAGGGUUGUCGUGGAAGCCACCACUGGACUGUCAGCUCCUUCUGGGCAAGGAUCUUGUCUGCUAGUUUUGUUGCAUGGUACUC